CAAUCUUCAAGCCCUUUGAUAUUUUCAUCCUACUUGCCAUUUUUGCCAACUGUGUGGCCAUGGGCGUGACCAAGCCGUACCCCGAUGAUGACUCCAACGCCACCAAUCACAAGUUGGAACAAGUUGAGUAUGUCUUCCUCGUCAUCUUCACCAUCGAGACCUUCACUAAAAUUCUUGCCUACGGCUUAGUCAUGCACCCCAGCGCCUACAUACGCAGCGGAUGGAACUUGCUUGACUUCAUCAUCGUCAUUGUCGGGUUGUUCAGUGUAAUAGCAGAAGGCAUGACGGAUCAUAAGCCAGGAGAGGCCCAUCAUGCUGCAGGGAAACCUGGAGGCCUGGAUGUCAAAGCUCUCAGGGCGUUCAGGGUGUUACGACCGCUGCGACUCGUAUCUGGAGUGCCGAGUUUACAGAUUGUGUUGAACUCCAUCAUGAAAGCCAUGGUCCCUCUUCUGCACAUCGGUAUGCUGGUCAUGUUUGUCAUCAUCAUCUACGCUAUCAUCGGCUUGGAGCUUUUCAUCGGCAGGAUGCACAAGACGUGCUACGCCAUCAGCACAGGUCUCAUGAUGGAAGAUGACCCGUCGCCUUGUGCGUUUGCUGGUAACGGGCGCUUUUGUGUCGGGAACGGGACUGAGUGCAGGGGCAAGUGGGAGGGCCCCAACGGUGGCAUCACAAAUUUCGACAAUGUUUUCUUCGCCAUGCUGACAGUCUUCCAGUGCAUCACCAUGGAGGGGUGGACAGAUGUUCUCUACUGGAUGAAUGAUGCCAUUGGCUACGAGAUUCCAUGGAUCUACUUUGUGUCUCUGGUCAUCUUUGGAUCCUUUUUCAUCAUUAACCUUGUAUUGGGUGUGUUGAGCGGAGAGUUCUCCAAGGAAAGAGAAAAGGCCGUGGCCCGUGGUGAGCUGCAGAAGGCGCAGGAGAGCAAGCAGAUGGAGGAGGACAUGAUAGGAUACAUGGACUGGCUCAUAGAGGCCGAGGACGUGGAUGAAGAAGGAAACAAACGUGCUGCAAUUGCAAAGAAAAAAAUGAUGAAGAAGUUCGGCUGGUACAAACACAGCGAGGAUGGCGGAGAGUCGGACUCGGACGAUGAUAUAGCUUACCUCGAUGAUGACAGUGGCUUCUGUGCGUCCCUCAUGGCGAAGAUGAUGGCCAACAGCUUCUGUGACCAGUUGUGCCAGCUGAAUCACACGAUGAGGAAGAACUGCCGCGUGGCCGUCAAGACCACUAACUUCUACUGGCUGGUGCUUCUGCUGGUGUUUCUCAACACGGUGGCCAGUGCCUCUGAGCACUACGGACAGCCAAAGUGGCUCACGGAAAUGCAGGAGCGAGCCAAUAAGAUCCUGCUCCUGCUGUUCACUUUGGAGAUGCUGAUGAAGAUGUACGCCUUCGGUCUACAGAUCUAUUUCAUGGCGCUGUUCAACCGCUUCGAUUGCUUUGUGGUGUGCGGCGGCAUCCUGGAGACACUGCUUGUAGAGAUGGAAGUCAUCCCGCCCAUCGGCAUCUCUGUGCUGCGAUGUAUCCGACUGCUCAGGAUAUUCAAGAUGACCCGGCACUGGGCUGCUUUGUCUGACCUGGUCAACUCGUUGCUCAACUCCAUGAAAGCUAUCUGCUCCCUUCUGCUCCUGCUCUUCCUCUUCCUCAUCAUCUUUGCCUUGCUGGGCAUGCAGUUGUUUGGAGGCAAAUUCAACUUUGAUGAGACUCAGAUGAAGAGAAGUACUUUUGACUCGUUCCCUCAGGCUCUGCUCACUUGCUUCCAGAUCCUCACUGGAGAGGACUGGAACGCCGUGAUGUACGACGGUAUAAUGGCAUAUGGAGGGCCGAUCUUCCCCAACAUGGUGGUGUGCAUUUACUUCGUCAUCCUCUUCGUCUGUGGCAACUACAUUCUGCUCAACGUCUUCUUGGCUAUCGCUGUGGACAACUUGGCUGGAGGCGGCGGAAAGAAAAAAGUCGAAGAGAAAAAGGAGGAAGAAGAAGAGUGGGAUGAUGAUGAAGAGAAAGAGGAUGAAGAUGCAGGGAACGAAGAGGAUGACUGGCAGGAGAACGAGGAGCUGAGGGCCAUCGAAGGGCUGGAAGGUGUUGCUCCAUUAAAGCCUGAGUUCUCGGGGCCUAAAGAAAAGAUUGUUCCAAUUCCUGACGGAAGCUCCUUCUUCAUUCUCGGAAAGAAAAACUGUUUGCGAGUCGCCUGCCACAACCUCAUCCAUCACCCCUACUUCACCAACUUCAUUCUCAUCUUCAUCAUCCUCAGUAGUAUUUCCCUGGCUGCUGAGGAUCCAAUCAAAUCCCACUCAUUCAGGAACAUAGUGCUCGGUUAUGCUGAUUAUGUUUUCACUUCAGUUUUCACAGUGGAGAUCGUACUAAAGAUGACAGUUUACGGAGCUUUCCUGCACACCGGCUCCUUCUGCAGAAAUGCGUUCAACCUCCUCGACCUUCUGGUUGUGAGCGUGUCUCUCACAUCUUUCUUUUUACAUUCAAGUGCGAUCUCUGUGGUCAAGAUCCUCCGAGUACUGCGAGUGCUCAGGCCUCUUCGAGCCAUCAACAGAGCCAAGGGACUUAAGAAUGUGGUGCAGUGCGUGUUCGUGGCGAUCCGAACCAUCGGCAACAUCUUAAUUGUCACAACACUCCUUCAGUUCAUGUUUGCCUGUAUUGGAGUGCAGCUCUUUAAGGGCAGAUUCUACAGCUGCACAGAUGAAGCCAAACACACCCCUGAGGAGUGCAAGGGAACCUUUGUGGUCUAUAAAGACGGGGAUAUGAACCACCCCAUGGUGAGGGAGAGGAUUUGGGAAAACAGUGAUUUCAACUUCGACAAUGUGCUGAAUGGCAUGCUGGCUUUAUUCACCGUGUCCACAUUUGAAGGCUGGCCACAGCUGCUCUACCGUGCCGUGGAUGCCAAUGCCAUAAACCGAGGGCCCAUUUACAACUACCGAGUGGAAAUCUCCAUCUUCUUCAUCAUCUACAUCAUCAUCAUCGCCUUCUUCAUGAUGAACAUAUUCGUGGGUUUUGUCAUCAUCACAUUUCGAGAGCAAGGGGAGGCUGAAUUCAAAAACUGUGAACUCAACAAAAACCAACGCCAGUGUGUGUAUUAUGCACUAAAAGCUCAACCUAUAAAGAUUUACAUUCCAAAAAACCCGUCGCAGCUCAAAUUCUGGAAAAUCAUCAACUCCAGCCAAUUCGAAUAUGUCAUGUUUGUGCUGAUUUUGGGGAACACGCUCACUCUGGCUGUUCAGCAUUACGAGCAGUCUAAACUCUUCACCUCCAUCAUGGACAUCCUCAACAUGAUCUUCACUGUGGUUUUCACGAUAGAAAUGAUUAUCAAGUUAUUGGCUCUGCGGGCUCAUCACUAUUUCAUCGAUCCAUGGAAUUCGUUUGACGCUUUGAUCGUCGUGGGGAGCGUGUUGGAUAUCGCGGUCUCUGAGUUUAGUGGAGGAGGAGGUCACGGUGAGGGUAAAGGAGAAAGUGGGAAAGUGUCCAUCACAUUCUUCCGUUUAUUCCGAGUCUUGAGGUUGGUUAAACUGCUCAGCAAAGGAGAAGGCAUUCGAACCCUCCUCUGGACUUUUGUCAAGUCGCUGCAGGCGCUGCCUUACGUCGGUCUGCUCAUCGCAAUGAUCUUUUUCAUCUAUGCUGUGAUUGGCAUGCAGACAUUUGGCAAAGUGGCCGUUGAUGACAACACACAUAUCAACAGGAACUGCAACUUCCAGACUUUCUUCAUGGCUGUCCUGGUGCUCUUCAGGUGUGCCACUGGAGAGCAGUGGCAGGAGAUAAUGCUGGCAGCUCUGCCCGGCAGACGCUGUGACCCAGAAUCUGACACUGAGCCUGGUGAAGAGUUCACCUGCGGAAGCAACUUGUCCUACAUCUACUUCAUCAGCUUCUUCAUGCUCUGUGCUUACCUGAUUAUCAACUUGUUUAUUGCUGUCAUCAUGGACAACUUUGAGUACCUGACACGAGACUGGACUGUGCUCGGUACUCACCACCUGGACGAGUUUAAGAGAGUCUGGUCCGACUACGAUCCAGAGGCCACCGGUCGCAUAAAGCACAUCGAUGUUGUCACCAUGCUGCGAAGGAUUCAGCCGCCGCUCGGUUUUGGAAAACUGUGUCCUCAUCGUGUCGCUUGCAAGAGGCUGGUUGCUAUGAAUGUCCCGCUGCACCCAGAUGGGACGGUCACCUUUAACGCUACUCUGUUUGCUCUCGUCCGAACCUCACUCAAGAUCAAGACUGAAGGCCCCAUCGACCAGCAGAAUGAAGAGCUGAAGGUGAUCAUUAAGAAGCUCUGGAAGCGCACCAAACCUAAACUCAUUGAUGAAGUCAUUCCUCCCCCUAGAGGGGAUGAGGUGACUUGUGGGAAGUUUUACGCCAGCUUCCUGAUUCAGGACUAUUUCAAAAAGUUCCGCAAGAGAAAAGAGAGGGAGAGGAAAUCCAAAAAGAAGGACAAGGCGGCGUCUCUGCAGCAAGGACUGCGGACACUGCAGGACUUGGCUCCAGAGAUGCGUCUGGCGAUGGCCUGCGACCUUGAAGAAGAGGAGGGUGUGGAGGGAGAGAUGACUGGCGAAGAGGUAUUUGACAGUGAGCCUGGGACCUCAGCGACCACCACGCCCGCCAGCACACCGUUACCGCACAUAAACAUGCUGGUGGAGCAGACAACUGUGAUCGUGGAGCCCGAGCCCAUGGUGGCCAACGGAGGCGUGAUCACAGAGCAGGUGAUGGGCCUGCAGGAGCACGAGAGACCAGGAUCAGAGCUGGCAGGCAUCAGAGUUGUAACAGAACAGCCUGUGGGCUCCAAAACCCUGCCCAUCAUCAGGACCGACUCCAUCAGCGAAUUGCCUCCUCCUCCUUCCCCAGAAAUGUCACUUCCCCCAGAAAUGGCGCCUACCCCGGAGUUGGCCCCUCCUCCGGAGACAGCAGGCGGAGGAGAGGUAGUAGCUGAGGGACCAGCUGUGGUGGCUACAACCGAAGUAGCUGAGCAGGUUUAUAGCUGCGAAGGAGAUGCUGCAAGUCUAGCAUCAGUGGACAGAUACGUGUAUCCAGAGGCCGUCUCUCCUGUGCCAACAGAGAUGGGCUACAAUGGACAGAGCCUGGAGCGAACAAGCAGCAUUGGGGAGAUACCGUAUGACACUCACGAUGCCAAUGGCUUCGUUAGAAACGGUUAUAGUGACACCAACAUGAAUGGAGGGAGUGUUGCUGCAAGCCCCACUCCCUAUGGCACAAAUGGAUAUGACGGGAACGGAUACACAGGCUACAGUGAACAUGGCAGUAUCAUCAGUGCCAACGGUAAUGGAAGCACAUGCAAUGAGAAUGGCAGCAGUAUCGGUGGUCACACUGGGAAUGGCUACAAUGGAAAUGUGAAUGGUGGCACGCAGUUUGUCAGGAGGCGACUUCUUCCCGCCAUACCGCAGGGUCGUAGACCUUCCUUUAACUUUCAGUGUCUGAGGCCACAGAGGAGUAUGGACGACCAGCUGCCCAUUCCAGGGAACUACCGUGGGAACACAUCCCCAUCCAGAUCCCGUCUACAGACUCAGCACAGCCUGGACUCCCGGCCCAGCAGUGUGUCCUCGAUGUCAUCUGCCUCCUGGGCGAACACUGGAGCAGCUGGUACCACUCCUGUUCCAGGAAUAAUCAACCCUUCAGGACGCAGGGGCAAGCUCAUCUACACCCCUAUGAUCCUGGUGGACGAAGCCUCCGGCACCAGCCAGCCGUUGUGGAGCGACGGUUCAGCCAGCCUCCCUGCAGGAAGCCGUCCUGGCUGGUACCCCGGUCAGACAAGAACCUUCACCAGCAUGAGGGUGCCACCGGUCAACCAGGGCUUCGUAAACAAAGGAAGUGCUGACAGUCUGGUCGAGUCGAUCUUGAUCUCUGAGGGUCUCGGCAUGUAUGCCAGGGACCCGAAGUUUGUGAACUUUGCCAAGCGUGAGAUUGCUGAAGCCUGUCACAUGAGCCUGGAUGAGAUGGAGAGCGCCGCUACAGACCUCAUAGCCCGUGGAGCCAGUCAGUCGAUUUCUCGCUUUGAGGAUGAACUGGCCGACGAAAUGAACUGUGUGAUUUCUUACUGAGAUCAGCAAAGCUGAAAUAACUGGAUGAGAAAGUGAGGUGUGGAGUUUGGUUAAAGAAAAAAAAG